AUGGGAACUUUCAUGACCAAGACAGUUACUGAAGCAAAGAUUAUAAUCGAGAAUCUAGCCUCAAGCGACAGUGACAACUUCAUAGGGCAUGAGAAAGCAGUCAAAGCCAUAAAUUCUGAUCCAUACAGGGAUGGGUAUAGUGAAAUAAAGGCAAUGAUGGCCGAGAUUUUGAGAAACCAAGGAAAAGAAGUGGCGAGACAAAGAGAAGCUUAUAGGGUCGAACCUACACGCAUUCAAGACUACUUUGGAGAUUUGAUUCCAAACUUGCAAGAAGAAGUAAACUUCGUUGGGAUAGAUGGUCUAACAUCAGAGGAAGAAGCUUGGAAUGAUGAACAUAAUGCUUUCACAGACCAAGAACCACCCAAUGAAAAGAGGAAUGCUUAUGGAGGAAGGAGUUAUCAACAAUUUCCUCACAAGAGAAGAAUGGAACCAAGGAGUAACUUUAACGAUUUGAUAACAACAUAUCGAAAAUUUCAAGUACACUAA